AUGAUGGAUUUAAAUUUAGUAUUUUUGCUGUUUAACAGAAUGACGUUAUGCUGCUAGGUAUUGAUGGGCUAUAUUAGUGCGUAGAAAGUUCUUCUGCUAAGAUUUUCAUCAAUAUUUGGACAAGAAUUAUAUAAACUAACCAUAAAGGUUUCAUCAUGUCUGGUGUUGAAUUAUGCGAUUUCUUUUGGCAACACGAGCACAACAAGAAAUGGAUAUCAUAUUCAGAUGAAGAACUCAGCGUGUUGAAUAAAGCUGUUAAAAGAGGCCAAAAGACUGUGUCAUUACCUAGCAAUACUGCCAAGAAACAGAUAGUUGUGAACUUUGAAAAAAUGUAUCAAAAAAAUACGGUUUCACUUUAUGAGCAAAGAGUGCGUUGUGCUGUGUAUACUGAUGACUUUCAUGCUUGGAUGUGGAAGGAUGAUGAUGGUCAAUUCAGUAGCUACACUCCCCGACUUGUUUUGUUUUUGGAAAAGGCUUACUUGACAAAACAGAAGAAAGUAAAGUUUUACUUUAGAGGAGAUUAUGAACUUAACCUUGAGACACUAUCGCAAGUAAAUCUGGAGACAAAUUAUAGUCGCCCUGCGAUUCGAGAAAAAGUUGAAGUUUCUGAUCCUAAAUCUGAGAUUAUAAUUUCCAUUACUUCUAACUCGAAAGAUCACAUGGAUAAAUUGUGUUCUCGAGAUGAAAGUUAACUUAUCUGAUUUGUUCUUUUGAAGGGAUACAUCGUCAUUUGCUUUUAAUGAACUUAAUUUUUUCCUGUUUUAUAUAUUUAUUGCUGAUUCAUUUUGAAUUAUGUUUAAAAGUAUUUAUUAUGUUGAAUGUUUAUGUAAAUUUAUUAUUUUUACAUCAAAGUUUUAUAUGAAAAGUUUUUCUGUUUAAGUUAUUGAACUUAUUGUUCUCAUAUUACUGUUUAAUAAAGAGC